AUGAGUGACGCGGGCCUUAUUCCGGCGGAGGGAGCCAAGACUCCAUCACGUAGAACUAAGACCAAAUCACACAAUACACCCGAUUCUGCUGGCACCCCAGUCCAACAGCGUCGCAGCGAUAGGAUUCGCAAAAAAAUGGCUGGAAUUGUUAAAGAUGUGGGGGAGGUAAUCACAACCCCACACAGGUCUCACAUUCACUCCAAGUUCCCAUCAAAUAUGGAACUUCUCGGUACCUCUACAUCUCCGAGAGGAGUUGAACUAGACCAAUACAAAAGACGACUUCAAUAUAAGAGCGGUACGCGGUGCAACCUGGCGCUGACAGACGCAUAUAGGAACUUUGAAAGGAAUAUCAAAGUCCAAGAGUUCCAUGCGGAUCAGCGGGGCAAACGCACCAAUGCCCAUUUGAAAAGCCGUGGUUUGAUCGUGGCUGCUGGCUUCAAAGCCCGUCAAACCAGCGUAGCCGCAACAAAGAAAGAAGUCGAGCCAGCCAAAGUACAGGCUGUUCCACACCAUAGUUUGCGACCAGGUGUGGAGCAGGGCUCUGUACUAGAGUCGAACCCAGAGGAUGGUUUCCAUGACGGUUCCCUACCUGAAACCACCCUGGAGAGACGCAGGAGGCAAUAUAAACCAACCGGGUCCCGCCAUAUUGCCUCCAUUAAUACCAGUUGGGAAGAGCGGGACCAACAAUGGCGAGCCAAAAGACUAGAAAGCUACAAAGCUUCAUCUAAGGCCGCCAGAGAGACCGCAGUGUUCAAGAAACGCAACUUGAACAUUUGCGGAUGGGGGAACUCACGGAAGAAUCUCGGCAACUACCUUAGUAUUUGCUGGGAUUACAACUCAGACCUGGAUGAAGACAAUGAUCAGACACUCCCAGAGCGUGCUGCAUUCCCUCUUCAAUAUAGCAACGCUGCCGGAACAGUGGUUGAGUCCGGCGUGAUCUAUCAUCCGCAGACAAUUGUCGACGGUGGUAAGGAUCACCUGAAUGGAUACUGUUUCACAGUCCAGUCAGAGCUUGCCUUGAAGUUUGAAGCAGCACAGCGGGUGUUGUUUCAACAGGCGAGUGACCUCAUCCAAGGCUCCUUCUAUCAAUACAAUAUGGACCUGUCUUUGGAUUCCAGUCUUGAUGACGGAUUCACCAUUGAUAUUUUUGUGUCGUCGGCCCCUUCAAAGGAUUUGGCCGACAUCACAGUCCGAGGGGUGACGCAGUUCAUCUUUAUGAAGUCGUACAUUUAUGUCGACAAGAUCUGCGUCGCACAAAAAUAUCAAAAAAUGGGAAUCGGGGCUUUUUUGAUGGAUAGGAUCCUCAAAAUCGCCCAAAGGCGAAACAAAGACAUUCUCCUGUACGCACUUGGCCCUGUUAUAGGUGCGUACAAGAGAUGGGGUUUCCAAUAUUGUAAAGAGUGGCCGCUAAUUCCCAAGGACGUUGGCGCGGUCAUGCGGAAGCGUAUCCGCACAGAAGGAGUCAAAGACGAAUAUGUUGGCCUGGAGUGGGAUGUCCAUGGGCCUAAUAUUGAUUACCAGAAGCAUAGGAAGCGUCUGCGUCUAUUACCACCAAAACCACCGGCUGCAAAUGCUCUAGAAGGGAUGUUUAAGCGCAUCAUGUCUACCGCGGACGUGUCUACACAACCCUUGUCGUUGUCGUUGUCGUCAUCGUCGGGUAGUUAUGAUGGGAGUGAUAGUACCACGGCCACAACUUACACUGAUGAUCAUCGCAAGAGCAUUCCAUCCUCCUCGGUACGACCACUGAUCUCCGAAGUAGCAAUAGCAAAAACAGCAUCCGAGCCUGCAACAUCGUCGGUCAAUUAUCGAUACAUGUUGCCCCCCUCUGACGUCAAUCUGCCGGUAGCAACAACAAGGACAGCAGCAGCAACAGCUGGUAUCGUAUCGUUAGAUGAUAGCGAUGAAGAACAAGACUAUAAAUUCGAUAAGGAAGAGCGAGCUUUACCUCAGUCUUCACAUGAGAUCAGUUAUUACGAAAAUGCAGAGCAGAAUCGCGAUGAUGAUGACGAUGAUGAUGAAGAGCAGCAGGGAGAUGAAGAUGGGGAAGAAAUUAAUGAAAAUGAAGAGGAUGGUGAUCAGGAGAAGUACGGGAAGAGUUUACACGAAGCCGUUGGCAGGAAAUGGAGCGAGGCGUGGGGCUCUCCAGUCGAGAAGAUGAUGAAUCACAAGAGCAGUACCAGGACGAUGAAGCCGCUCAAGGAAUCAUUGGAGCCGUUGACAGACUAUCAUGCGCCUGAUAACUACGAACCACCAUUAACUUCAACCGAGUCCGCUAGCGAUGGUGUCGUGCUUGUACUGGAGAGCGAGGAUAAUGCCCGAGCCUCGGCCACCAAGAAGAUUUCCCCUUCAGCAAGAUCGGGAUCAGGACUAGGGCUAGGGCUAGGGCCAGAUGUUAUCGAGGCCCGCGAUGCUGCGCCAGGGACGCCUGGUCGUAGUGAGUGCAUGGCUGAGGUUCCAUUAGUCAGCCGUUCUACAGACCACUGCAAUGGGAUUUUACUUGGAGGAGCAAAGCCUACGAUCCUUGGAGGGAAGCAGAGGGCUCGGGAAAGAGCACCAGAGCAAGAUAGGGCUCCUGGAGAGAUUUUCUCAGAGCUAGCAAGCAACAGCCAACAGCCAACGGCCAAUAUAAAAAAAGUUUUAAAAAAAAACUUCAAAAUAAAAUCAGAAGCUAGGAGCCAGAGACCGGAAGCCAGAAAGCAAGCAGCAGAUAGCAGUUAUGUCACUGCCAGCGCCGAUAGAAGGUUGUCUCAGUCAUAUCAGCCUGAGACUGCCUCAACAAAACCAAAGACAGAAAACCUUAGUCAAAGCAAUCAAAAGUAG